UUGGCUAAUCGGAUUUGUCUAUACAUGUACUUGCACUGGCAUUAGCACUGCAUACAACCGGGUACCCAAAACAGCCACUCCCGACAUUUGACUCUUUGUGAUCGGCCCUACCUCUCUCUUUCUCCUUCUUACUGUUUAAUUUCUGUGAACAAAAACAAUUAUUCUUGCUGGAUUAUUAUAGAGUGUGACUACAGUGAUAUGCUUACUAGACCAGAUACACCCAUUGAUGACACGUUGCAUACAUGCAGCAAAAGUAUGAAGACCAUCUUUCAAAAAUCUAAGACAUCGCUCUUCCUGGUGACAUUUGUAGGAGCCCUAACUAUCAUCGUUGGAAUUUUGUGUGGUUUGCAGACACACCCAGUUCGCAGACGUGCCGAGGUUCCGAUGUUGGUAGUUGAGAAAAUAGAGGAUGAUUCAUCCCCCCAAUCGCUUUUUGCCAGAAGAGGAUGUGUCAAAAAGGUACAUAUAUUUGGCAGCGACAGAGAAAUGCGUCACAUACCAGAACUGAAGGAAUACAUGGACAUUUUCCGAAAGAGCAAUCUACCUCUAAAUGCUGCGGGCAUCGAUUGUGUUUCUGAGGGGUACGACUGUGACAUCGUCCUCACCAUGGGUGGUAAUGUGGACUAUCUUGAGGGGAAAGACGCGGUUGUCUUUGGAUUGGUUCCCACGGAGUUCCGCGGGGAAGGGAGAGAACAAUUCAAGAAGUUGUUGGAAUUGCGACCGGCUACAGGUCAGACGUGGAUAUAUUUCAGCACGGAGCCGCCGCUACGUGUGCUUAGGUGGACCAGAGAUCUCGACCUUAUGCGCCUCAAGUAUCAUGUCCUUAUGACCUAUGAUUUGGAUUCAGAAAUAGUCGUUCCUUUUGGUUACUACAGGCCCUUUCACACAACAGGUGUUCAUGCGAGCUCCAACCAGACUUUGGAGCCCAUUUCCAAGAUCCACUCUUGGGAAAGGAAGGCAUGAUAGCGUGGAUGGCCAGCAACUGCAAAGCGUUUUGGCCACGUACGGAAUUCAUCAGUCAAAUGAGGGAUAUGCUCCCACUCGAUGACUAUGGUAAAUGUGGUCGGAAAGAGUGCCUCCCAUUACGAUCCGAAGAAUGCAACAAACUUAUGGCACGCUAUAAAUUCUACUUGGCCAUUCCCAAUUCUGAGUGUAAAGACUACAUCACGGAAAAGUUCUGGCUCCAGUCGCUGUCCUACGGCACGGUGCCGGUCGUAGUUGGCUCGCGGAAGGAAUCUUACCAGGCGGUGGCGCCUCCGAACUCCUACAUUCAUUUCAGCGACUUCAAAUCCAUUGAUGACUUAGCGGACUACCUAAAUCGCCUCGACAAAGACGACGAGGCCUAUCGCAGGUUCCAGGACUGGCGAAGUCAAGGAGAAGUGGUGCUCACCUUCCCGACACGCCCUACAAUCUUCUGUAGAGCACUACCUCAUCUCCAUGAGAAACGAGAUGUGAAGCCGUACAAGUAUCUUAGCGAUUCACCCUGGUUCAAAGGUUGUAGGAUGACUCCAGACAGAAAAGUGUUUGAUCUGAGCAAACAAGAACAGAAGACCUUGUCUAAAUUUGAAAAUUGGUCGGUAUGGCGAUGAUCAAAAAUUGAAUGUUUGACUAUUAAGAUGAACUAAUUAUACCGUCGUUAUUAACGUUACUGCCGUCCGACCUCGUAUGAAUUUUCUCGUGCGUUAGGGCAGUUUCAGUGCAUUCAGUUUAGUCCUUGUGAUAUCGAUAACGCACUUGUCCUGCGGGUGCGUGCAUUAUCACUACGGGCACUGACUAAACUUCGUGCACUGGCCCUGCGCUAACACACUCACAACAGUGCAUUAUUUGUAUAAUAAUAAUGAUAAUAAUAAUAAUAAAGAUAAUUUUCUUUUUUUCUUUCACCCUUAAAGGUACUAUGUCCCAUUUGCAGGCCCCAACAAAUGAAAAGGUUAAAUUUCAACGGCAUUUGAAAUACAAUACUAAUUUAAAACUUCCCUCAAAACGAAAGCGCUUGAAAAUGGCUUUUACUGGGAAAAUAACGACCAUUAGUUGUCGAAUCGACUUAAGUGACUGCAAUCACCUGAGUAAUAGUCUGAUUUGCAUACCCUUUUAUCGAAUGGUCGUGGCUCCUGCAUACGUGGCGCUAGGUCCGGCAAGCGGAGUCGAGCUACCACUCUGACUCAUUUUUUCGUUCGGUCUGUUUGUCAAAAUCCUCUGAAAUUAUUUCUUUUCAAUGUACACUAUUAAAUUAAAAUAUAUCGUCUCAAAAAUAUCCCUCACCGCUUUCUUGAUGUAAAAAAAAACAGUAAAUAAUUCUCCAGAUCUGUGGAAGACGUGUCACGAUCUUGGUUUGUUUGACUCUCGGCUCAAUCUCUUUCUCAAUUUCUUUCUCCCUCAUUCUACUGAUCUAAUUUCCUUUUCAUAGAGCUUUUGAAAUCGUUCAGUUCUUAGCUACAUUAAA